CAUGAGAAAUCAGACGGCUUCGCCCGCGGCCUGCGGAGGAGAGAGCCAUCUGCGGAGGAGAGAGCCGUUUGCAGCACGCCGAGCGCCGUCGUCUGAUUCCCAUGCAUGAGUCGCAGCUCGAGCGAGGACGAAUACACAGCGCAGACUCGAAUGUGUCGUCCAGAUUGCCGCGAGACGAGCCAGCGACCGCACAUGGCGUCCUUGAACAUGCCGGCGAUGGUGGAGGGAAGGAUUGUAGGGGCCUCUGGACGAAGCGUUCGCAUCGCAGCACGGCGGCGCGGAUAUCGAGUCUGUGGGCUUUGGAGUUGUCGGGUGCGUUGGCUGGGCAUGUGCGUUCUGGGCCAAGAAAAGCGGCUCCGAGCCAAGGGCAUCCUGUUUCGUCCCGAUCACCUCCAUCAAAGCCGUCCGCGCUGAGACGAGGCCAGACCCCGGCCCUAGAUAUCGCUCUUCUCCCAGUCCCCGACACUCGCUCCAUGCUCAACCGCACCCUCCCGCCUGCCUCGGUCUCGAUCGUCUCGGCUGCUCCGGCAGAGCCCAAGGCCGGCACCACCAUCCACCACAGCCAUCCUGUCCCGCACACCACAUUCUCCUCCGGCGCCGUCAACUCCAUCGCACAUGCUGGCUGGACCAUCACCACAAAGAAGCACCCCAUAUUCAACUCUGCCGAGAUCGACAAUGCCUCAAAGGAGAUCCAGAUGCCGUUUCCAGAAAUGUUCUUUGGAAACAAUGCUAUCGAACUCAAGCACUCGUCGGGUUUCCAGUACUCCAUCAGCGCCCUCGAUGCCCUUCGCAACGUCGCCAGCAUUCCCGAGUCCGAACACAAGUCUGUCCAGGUCGCUCACGCCGAGCACUGGACCAAGAUGAGCCUCGAAGCCAACGAUCAGAUCAAGGAUGUCGUCAAGCCCUACAACUGGAUCUACUUGUCGUCGUACUCGGGCACUCUCUCUUCCUCGCUUGGCGCUAAGUUCGAACCGUCAUUGGUCGGGGUUGACCUCGACCGUCUGCGGCUCCCAGAGCCCAUAUUAUUCUAUGACGAGCUGGUCUUGUAUGAAGACGAACUGCAUGACAAUGGCAUCUCCUGUAUGACGGCCCGGAUUCGAGUCAUGCCCUCGUGCUUCCUGGUGCUGCUGCGAUUCUUCUUGCGAGUCGACAACGUCACGUUCCGCAUCAACGAGACCCGCAUCUAUCACGAAUUCGGAAAGAGCAUUCUCGUCAGGGAAUACACCUCGCGAGCGGCCACGUACUCAGAGGUGACCAAGAAAUUGCCGCGAAGCUAUCCACCUGGCAGUGAGAAUCGGCUGCUGCUGCUGGACCAAAACUGGGUCAGCCAGACGCUUGGCUCCUGUUCACAUGUCGUCUGCGAGGCCAUCGCUGUCUCCGAGUAGUCUGUCCAGGCUGCGGACACUCAGAGCCGCGAUGCAUCCGGCUCCACCAUGAGCGGGCUGCAAACCAGUCUCUCCAUGGCAUCAAUAGAUAUGCUCCCGUUGCCAUGCUUCCUUCCAUCUGCCAUCAGCUCCAUGGUCCGCAGACAGCCAAUCCACAGCCGUCCACGUGACCUUGGUUCAAUUUGGCCUGUCUUGGA